AUGGAGACAAAGCCCACAGCCUAUCACUCACUUGACGAGUGGGUCAGCGAGUCCCAGAUAUCGGGUGCAGCAACAAUUUACUACCCCUCUGCUGAGGACAAAAAGGCUCCCACAGCACAGCCCAGAGAAGAAGAUAUCGACAAAGAAGAAUCCCCAGAAAUCAAAAUGGAUGACAUGUUCAAAACAACAGGAGCGAACAGUCGGUGUGUAACUGCAGAGAUGAAAAAUAUGAGACAAUGUGAAGCAACUGAGAAACACGCCAUUGCAUGUGAAGAGGAGUUCCCCCCUCCCCCUCCCGAUUUUAGUGAUCUCCCAAAAGAACAAUCCAGCAGUGACCAAGACGUUCCCAUUGAAGUGAUUGCAGCUGAGUGGUUGAAUUGUAUAAAUUUUCCGAAUAUUAGUCAGAAAUGCUACAGUGAGGUUAAAUCUGAAGAUGCAAGACUCUUCCAAGAUGGAGUUAUACAAAGUAAGUUGAGAAAUUUGACAGUUGCAGACAGUACAGAAAAUGAUAGAGAACAUCUGGUGCCUUCUCCACGUUUUGCUGAUGGAAGCGAAGAGGAAGUUAACCCUAGCACAUUGUUGAAUUUAAAUAACAAGUGUGAAGCUUUUGAAUCUACAGGUGUCUCUUUACCUGUAAUUGUAGGUGAUUAUGUCGAACAGCAGGUGGAGCUAUCUCCCCAGUGUGUAUUGCCCCCUGUGAGUGACAUCCAGUUAAGACAAGAAUGCUUUGGUGAUUAUAAUGUGGAAGUUGGUGAAUGUGAGGAGGCAGCUGAGGCCAAAUUCAUACCAGAUGGAUGCACUAAGACAGCCAGUAAAUCCUCCCCUGAUUAUCACAGAUAUCUUGUACAUUCUCAACAUUUUGCUCGUGAAAACAACUGUGAUGAAGAAGAUUACCUCAAUACUUUGCAUAAUUCAAACUGCAAGACUGAUGUGUCAAAAUCCACUACCUCGACUUCACCUGUAGUUGAUGUGUGUGAACAACAGGAGGCUCUGUCGCUACAAUGUGAACUGCCCCCCUUGGGUGUAAACCAGGAAGCCACACAACAGGUGCUCAGCCAGGCCUCUCCACCUUUGUCAGCAGUUUCCAUGGAGCCAGCCAAUCACGCUGCUCAGAGUGAAGGUAGUGCGGUAGUUAUCGGAGAGAGCAGGGUGGGGCAUGGCAUAGAAGAAAGAGAAAGCCGGCAGAUAAGAGAAGAGAACAGGCCAUUUAAAGUGAGUGAGACUGAGGCACAAAUCAGAAGAGUUUUGAAGUCGAACCAGGAGCUUAAAGGUGACGAGAGCAGUCUUUUUUUUUUCCAGCACAGCAUAAUGGAGAGCGACUCGUGUGAUGAGAGUGACAGUGGAGUUUCAGCAGACUUUUCUCCCGGGAGCACUUUGGAGAGUGGUGGUGGUGGUUCAGCUCAUGUGCACAAAGAGACCCCCAUCGAGAGGGAGAUACGCAGGGCUAUAGAGCGAGAACACAGCCUGAGAAGAUCCAGAGGGCUGCCCCACCUGCCCACUGCCCCGGAAUACGUGGAGAUACCUUUAAAAAAACCUGUUUAUAACUCAUCACUUCUUUCUACCAAGUCGGAAAGAGGCCAAGGCAAAGAUAAGCUGUUUGCUGGUAAAAAGAUGCAGCAAGAAAUUCAUGAAGAGGCCCGAAGGGAGCAGGAUUUGGUCAAGCUCGGAAAAAUCCCAGGAUUUUAUGACAAAGGCACUGUCCGACAGCUCAAAGAAAAAAAACUGAUUUUUGAGGCCUUUCAAAAUCCAAAAGAUUCCGUUAAAAAUAAAGCAGUGUCAAAUUCAAAUGACAGUUCUACUUUAGAGAACAGCUCAUUGUGUAACAAAGUAACAAAAAAUGGAUCUGAUCCUAGAAAUGACAGGAAUUUAAAUACUCCAAAGGUUUACCCAGAAUCAAAGAACCGCCAGAUUAUUAUCAUAGAAAGCAACUCAAAUUUCCCUUCAAAACGAGCACAAACGAACACAAACAAAGACGCAAUUAAAGUGGUUGAUUCGAGUAAAGAGAAAGCAAGAAAAGUUCAAGAUGUAACAGCUCUGGAUUUACCACCAAAGGAGAACCCUUUUUUCAAGUUGCGUUCCUCUACAUCUGUUGUGAAAGUGGAGCAGGACAUCCGGGAGGCUCAGGAGAGAGAGAGGGAGAUUCUUAAGCAGCGGAUCAAUCUUUAUGGGACCCAGCCAGUAGGGGAAAAAGAGGAGAGACCAGCUGCUAUAGAAGAACACAGUAGCACAUUGUCUUCACUGAAAGCUUUGCCUGUUCAAGACUUACCUGACCUCAGCCAAAACGGGGUUACAACCACCACUGCAGCUCGUAAUUCUUCUGGAAAACUUAGCAUGUGGCCUCCUGCUCCGACUGAGAACAGUCACCAAACAAAGGUUCACCACUGUCCACGGACCCCCAGACAGAAGACUCCACUGGUACAACGCUGGGAAUCAGGCUUAUUUGAUGCACAGGAUGACUGAAAGUGACUGUAAAUGAUGAAAACGAAGAAUAAAAUAUUGUAUUAUACAACAAGGACAAGUGAAGGAGGCAGUAAGAGAAAGGGCUGAAAGUCCAAGCUGGAAACGGGGUCAGGUGGAUUGGGAGCACAGGGAGGAUCGCCGAUGAACUGAAAACCCUGAAAUGUCCUUUAGUUGAGGAAGAGCAGAAAAAGGAAGAGGCGGUGUAGAUAUGAAUGUGUAAGGACUUGGCCUGCUUCUGUGCUGAAACACUAAUGUAGUUUUGUAGGGCUGCAGAAAAGAAAUGAAAUAAUCAGAAAAAAAUUAGAAAACACAUAAUAUACACCUUGUCGUUGUUCUAUCUCCUCAUCUUGAUUCAUUGCUUAUUUAUGCUUAAAACUACUCCAUUUAUAGGACUCAAUUGGCUGGUCUUUUUUCAGUCAAUCAAGCCAAAUAACAACCAUAUUCAAACUAAUGGAAGCUGAAACCAAUGUGUCAUCAUCUUAAAAGCACUCACAGUAUUAUUACAUAUCAAAAUCUUUUUCAGCAACCUUUUUCAAAAUUAUGGUGUUAGCAUCAAGCCUCUCCAAAUAACUUACAAUGUAAUUUGUAAUGAUUUAUAUUUUAUUCUUUAUUAAAUUGUCUAUUGAAAAUUAUAUAUAUAGAACUAUUCUAUUCUGUGUGGUCAGUGCAAUAAAUGAAUUGCACUGAACUCCAUUUUAGAAAUACUUGUACUUUUGUUUUUGCAGGUUUAUGAAAAUGUUAUGAGGCUAGUUUUAAGGUCAUUUAAAGGUCAUUUAUUAUACAGAAAUUACUCUUGUAAGCUUAGAAUGUUGCUACCUCAUCAAAAACAAAUCUGAAGUUGUGUUUUGUUUUAUUCACACUUGUUUGAGUAACUCCUAACAAUUAGUUUGCCUAUAUCUCCAAAGCUCAAAAUGCUCUAUUCAACCUUGUGAUAUCAUGUAGUGGUAGUUUUAAAGUUACCAGCUGCAUUUUACCUUUAGUUUAGUAGAGAUUGGCACUUCCAGGGCUGGAAUUAUCCAAAAGAUUCUGAUGAAGGUGUAUAUUACCACAUAACAUCACAAGUUAGAACAAAGUGUAUUUUUGUCUGAGAGAAGAAACAGCCUAAAUAUGCAGGAUUUGUGUGUUAAACAUGUGUGAAUGAAACAAAAUACACCUUCGAGUAUGUUUUUGAUGAGGAAAAAACAUUAUAACAGAUCAGAAAAUAGCAUAAUAUGGGUCCUUUGACACAAAUGUCCAGCAAAACCACAGAUCUUAUAUUGUUCCACGUGAGAUGUUCCUAAUGAACUGUCGCCUCCUUUAUUUAAAAUGGGGCACUGAUAGUUGCACACUUAUUCUGUAAAUCACUUUUGUUUCUUUUAAAUAGAUAUAUGUUCAAGAA